UCGAUUCCCUUCUCCCUCUCCCUCUCUCUCUCUCUCUCUCUCUCUCUCCCCGGAGCUCAAAACCCUAGGCAUGGCGGCGGAGAAGCCGAGCUCCGCAUCUCCCAUGGCGGCGGCAGCGGCGGCGGCGGAGGUGAGACCCCGGGCGACGGCGCCGCCGCUCAUCACCGUGCCGGUGGUCGCCGUCCCCUGCUUCUUCGCUCCCGCCGCGCUGAUCGAGGCGCCGGGGUUUGCGGAACAGUUUGCAAUGACCCACCAGGCAGUCUUGGCAACCGUUACGGCUCAGGCGCAGAUACAACUGCAAGCUGUCAUCCAUCCCUCUCCUUCGUCGGAACCCCUGCCAGAUUCGAUUCCACAAAAAUCGCCCUCAUUUUCCGAGGAAAAGGUUUUUACGCCCGAGAAAGAGAAGCCCUCGUCCUCCGACCAGAAACCACCGCAACCUUCUCUUACGGUCGUAAAAACUGGAACGAGCGAUGGGUACAGUUGGCGGAAAUACGGUCAGAAGCAGGUGAAGAGCAGCGAGAAUUCCCGAAGCUACUACCGAUGCACAGACACCAGUUGUUUGGCUAAGAAAAAGAUCGAGCGCCGCCCGGAUGGCCGUCUUGUAGAAAUUACUUACAAAGGACGACACAACCAUGAACCACCUCAGAAACCCAAGUGCCCGAAAGAAAGAGGGUCCCAAUCUUGUGGGCCUCCUCGAGAGAGUGAAUCGAGUGAAAACACUAAAGAGUUGGAUCCUUCAACACGCAAGACUGAAAAGAACAGCGCCGGUGAAACUCCUGAACGGAAUUUCUACUGCUCGAGUGAUUGUGAAGGGAACGCUGGGAAUAAGAUUGAAGAAGAUCUCUGGAAAGAACCAGACCCGAAGCGAAGGAUGAUUGAAAGUGCCACGCCUUGUCCGGCACCAGUUCUCAAAACAGUUAGGGAGCCCAAAAUUAUCGUGCAGGCCGCCUCUGAUGCGGCGAGCGUUAAUGACGGAUACAGGUGGCGCAAGUAUGGGCAGAAAAUUGUGAAAGGAAAUCCUAAUCCAAGGAGCUACUACCGAUGCACUCGUGAUGGUUGUCCUGUCCGAAAGCAUGUCGAAAGGGCGUCAGAUGAUGCAAAAAAUAUUGUCAUUACAUAUGAAGGCAAACACAACCAUGACUCACCGAGCCUUAAGAAUGGCAACGAUUCACGAGCUAGUCCUCAUCACUUAGCUGCUAAAGUCGCAGUAAAAGGCGAACAGACUAAUAAACCUACCAUCUCAUCAGAUCAAAACCCCAUGGAAGAGUCAAAACCAGUUUUGGAUGGAAAAUCAGUUGGUGAUAAGGCUUUAGAGCUUGGAGGUGAGAAGGCGCUCGAAUCGGCUCAAACUCUUCUGAGCAUCGGCUUUAACUCUUCAUCUGGAGAUCAUGAUGAGAGAAGCAAUUCCGGUGGUAUUAAGCAUCCUCUCUUCAACGAAAAACCUGCGGCAGUGCAGGUCCAAAACUCUUGAAAAUAACGAUGGGUUUAAUGAAAUUUUGAUUCCUCUGUUGUUGGAUUAGCUCUUGUAUAGUCUCUUAUUAAAUGGUAGGAAACAUGAAACAGAUAUUUCUUUGUAGUAUCUUCAGUUCAUAGAGUGGAAAGACUAGUUUAAGUAUCUUCUGUAUCUUUUCAUAUGCCAAUGCUGAAUAUAAAAUAGGAAAGAUGUUAUACAAAUA